AGUUAUGGCCGCCGCAGAAGAGAACAGCUCUCUCUUUCUAAUAUUCAUCUUAACUAUAAUGGCUCUGCCUCUAGUGCCUUACACAAUUGUCAGGCUAUGCCGUGCAUUUUCUAGGAAGACGAAGAGUAUCCACUGCCAGUGUGUUGAAUGUUCGCGGUCCGGGAAGUAUCGGAAAUCCAUUUUUAAACGGAUAUCAAACUUCUCAACUUGUAGCAAUCUUACACUAGUGUUGCUUUGGGUCAUUUUGGGGAUUCUGGUUUAUUAUAUCAAACACAUAAGCGAAGAGAGCCAACCAUUUGAGCCAUUCAGUAUUCUUGGACUAGAGCCAGGGGUUUCAGACUCUGAAAUUAAGAAGGCAUAUCGUAGACUCUCAAUUCUCUACCAUCCUGAUAAAAAUCCUGAUCCAGAGGCACACAAGUACUUCGUGGAAUUUAUAUCCAAGGCCUAUCAGGCCCUCACUGAUCCUAUAUCUCGAGAAAAUUUUGAAAAAUAUGGCCAUCCAGAUGGCCGUCAGGGACUUCAAAUGGGGAUUGCUUUACCUCAGUUUUUGAUGAAUUUUGAUGGAGCAUCUGGUGGAGUACUUUUGAUUGGAAUUGUUGGAGUUUGCAUACUUUUGCCGUUGAUGAUAGCAGUCAUAUAUCUCUCGAGGUCAUCAAAAUAUACUGGCAAUUAUGUUAUGCGUCAAACUUUGUCCACAUAUUAUUAUUUCAUGAAGCCUUCUUUAGCUCCAAGCAAGGUUAUGGAUGUCUUCAUCAAGGCUGCAGAAUACAUGGAGAUGCCAGUUCGUAGAAGUGAUGAUGAGCCUCUUCAGAAACUCUUUGUGGCAGUCAGAAGUGAACUGAAUCUGGACCUUAAAAACAUUAAGACAGAGCAAGCAAAGUUCUGGAAACAGCAUCCAUCUUUAGUUAAGAUGGAGUUGUUGAUUCAGGCUCAAUUAACUCGUGAAGCAGCUUUAUUAUCUCCAUCUCUCCAGAGUGAUUUUAAGAGAAUGCUAGAACUUGCACCUCGCCUUCUUGAAGAAUUACUGAAGAUGGCUGUAGUACCACGCAGUUCCCAAGGGCAUGGCUGGCUGAGACCAGCAGUUGGGGUAGUUGAGCUUUCUCAGUGUAUCAUCCAGGCAGUUCCUCUGAGUGCAAGAAAAAUAACCGGAGGAAAUUCAGAAGGCAUUGCGUCCUUUUUGCAGCUUCCACAUGUCAGUGAGACAAUUGUUAAGAAAAUUGGACGAAAGAAAGUGCGAACAUUACAAGAACUUCAAGACAUGACAGUAGAAGACCGUGCCGAGCUCCUAACUCAAGUCGCAGGUCUCUCUCCCUCCGAUGCCCACGACAUUGAAACUGUUCUUGACAUGAUCCCUUCCAUUACUGUUGACAUCACCAUUGAAACCGAAGGAGAAGAGGGUAUUCAAGAAGGUGACGUUGUCACUAUGUACGCUUGGGUCACUCUCCAUCGUAAAAAUGGCUUAAUCGGUGCCCUUCCUCAUUGCCCAUAUUACCCUUUCCACAAAGAAGAAAGCUUUUGGUUAUUACUUGCAGAUUCAGUCUCUAACGAAGUAUGGAUGUCUCAAAAGGUAAGUUUCAUGGACGAGGCUGCAGCUGUCGCUGCCGCCUCCAAGGCAAUUCAAGAAACGAAGGAGAGUUUAGGUGCGAGUUUGAAGGAAAUAAAUGUUGCAGUGAGAGAAGCUGUUGAGAAAGUGAGAAGUGGGUCAAGAUUGGUUAUGGGUAAGUUUCAGGCUCCCGCAGAGGGAAGCUACAAUCUGAGUUCUUUCUGUUUGUGUGAUGCUUGGAUUGGUUGUGAUCGGAAAACGAAUGUAAAACUUAAAGUUUUGAAAAGGAGUAGGGCGGGAACUAGAGGACAUGUGGCUGAAGAAGGGCCGCUGGCAGAGGAGGGUAUCGAAGAGGAAGAAGACGAGGAAGAAGAGGAAUAUGAUGAUUAUGAGAGUGAGUAUAGUGAUGAUGAGGAGGAAGAUAAAAAGAAGAAGGGUAAGGUCGCCAAUGGUGUUGGUCACGAGGAAGGAGAUUCUAGUGAUGAAGGAUCUGAAAGUGAUGAGUGAAUGCAUUGGCUGUUGGGAGAAAUUUGUGACUUGUUUUCUCUGGUUGGAGGUCCACCCACCUGGAAUUUCCGUUUUAGAAAACUGUAUCGUUGAGGUACUGGAUCAAAUUUUGUGGGCUGGGUUGGAAUUGAAUUAUACAAAACAUGUAAUCGUAAGCGUUUUAGACAGAGAGAUGGAGAGACCCAUAAUGAGUUUAUAUCGGCCUCUAAGAAAUUUUGCA